AUGUAUUCAGCGGAGAAUAAAAUUAUUGAUGCCCAUUGGCCCCGCUACACUGAGAACUCAACUAUUGAUAAGGAGAAACGGUUGAAACUAUGCUAUCUUAAAUAUAAGUUCGAAGGUACAAUCAAUGACAAUAAGCCCAUUCUCAACCUAAUAUUCUCUCAUGCGACAGGAAUGAACAAAUCAAUAUGGAAAUAUUACAUCAAAAGAUUGAAGAAAUUGGCUUUUAUGAAAGAUGAUUAUCCUUUUGUCAUAGGAUCAAUGAUUACAGUUGACCAUGUACAGCACGGCGACAGUGGAGUGCUCAACAAAGACAAUCUUGGCACAGAAUUCAAUUGGACGGACGGAGCAAGAGAUGUCAUCAAGGUGGUAAUGGAAGAACGCUCAAACGAUGAUGCUUUCAAAAAAGGUAACAAUAUUCUAAUAGGCCAUUCCUUUGGGGGAUUUCUCUCAGUUUACGCAGCAUUUUUGGAACCUUUACUCUUUCAGGAUAUUAUUACGAUAGAACCCGUUAUUUAUGGAAGACACUCUGAUCCUUCUGCCGCACCUCCUCCUGAAGGGUAUAAAACAAUGGGAAAUUCGGGGUUAUUGUCCGCACUAGCCAGAGGCAUCAAGGAUGAAUUUGAUUCGAAGGAAGAAGCUGUUGAAUGGCUUAGAAGAACGUCUUUUUUCUCCCCCUUUGAGUCAGAAUUAUUGGAAUAUUUUAUAUCAGAUGAGGUCAUACAGCGACCGGAUGGAAAAUGGACUACCAAAAUCUCCAAAGAGCAGCAUCUGACAUGUUACAAGGGUUAUGACAGCUCCGUUCCUAUGGGGAUGAGUAGCGUUCAGUUUAUCAAAAAUAGGGUCCUUCAUGUGGUUGGAGGGAGCGCCACAUGGAAUCCGCCAGAGACAACUAAUUUCUUGAUCAAGAAUUUGGAGAACAGUGACCGUAUCAUAGUCCCUAAUGGUACCCACACUGUUCCUGAAGAACAACCGGAUGAUGUGCUGAAAAUAAUCAAGAGCAGGCUAACCGAAACGGGUUUUUCUUUACAGGAACCCAUCGCAUUAACUGCUAAACCAAAGCUCUAA